AUGCCGAUACUUAGCGUCCAAGAGGUUGCGACAAAAUUCAAGGAAACGUGGAUGAUGUGUCAUCCCGAGGACCGCAGUAAUGUAAAUGGCUCGGUGUAUUUGGAUGACAGCCUCACUAGCCUUCAGUGGCUACAAGACUUCUCCAUACAGAGUGCUACGCUAGGGAACCUCCCCAGCUCCAGCUUCUGUUCUCAGCAAGUUCCAUACAAGCAUCCCCAAGGGACGGACUCACCUGCCAGCCCACCAGCUGGAGACACUGCUGCCACGUGCAUGCCACGGAGCUUUGAGAACCCUGUACCAACUAGUGCCCUAGCCAGCCGAAGUCACCUUAAUUUUAGUCACCAAGAGCAAGCAUCAAACUAUGCCCAUCAGAAGCCUGUUACUCUGCCUCCCAGUCCAUUAGCUGAGGUUGACUACAGGACCAAUCCUCUGGUUAAACCACCUUAUUCUUAUGCCACUCUCAUCUGCAUGGCCAUGCAAGCCAAUAAGAAAAACAAAAUCGCCUUAUCAGCCAUCUAUAACUGGAUCACAGAAAACUUCUGCUACUACAGGCAUGCUGAUCCCAGCUGGCAGAAUUCCAUUCGCCAUAACCUUUCACUCAACAAGUGUUUCAUAAAAGUGCCAAGGCAGAAGGAUGAGCCCGGAAAAGGAGGUUUCUGGCAAAUCGAUCCUCAGUAUGCCAACAUGUUUGUGAAUGGCAUCUUCAAACGCAGGAGAAUGCCUGCUUCUCACGUUAACACUCACAGACACAGCAGCCCUUGGCUGUGCAAGGGCCAGAACGUGCAAGAUUUUGCCCAGGUCGAUUAUUCUUGUCGAGGGCCCGUUAUGGAAAAGAAACACAAACAGCCUACUCUCAGGCAUAGCCCCAAGUGGGCCAAGAUUUCCCAGUCUCCACCACUGACACCAGAAUCGAACGAAUCAGAAACCUCAAAGGGCGAUCCUGAUUGGGGCUCAAUGUUUGAUGACGUCUUGAUGGGAAACAAUGGCACUUUUGAGGAUUUUGACCUCAACACAGCGCUGAACUCUCUUGGCUGUGGUGUGGACCCUUCCCAGGAAUGUUGGCGCUUUGUCGACCAAAAUAAAUGGUGCUUGGCCGGGCCAGAUCAGAGCUCCAAGUACAUGGAGAUGACUGACACAGUAAACUGGAAUUUGGAGGAGGUCCAGCAUCAGCAGCUGACUGAUCUGCAGCAACCGCUGUCUUUUGCUUUUCCAUGUCAGUCUGAGGAUAUGACACUGUUCUCAGAUCAGCAGAUAUACCCAUUGGAAGAGAUAAAAGAAGAAAUGCAGGCGGUGCCCAUCUCAUCAGACCACAGUCUCAGCUUCUGUGAUGGUGUCUUCAAUAACAUACAGUCUUGGGAGAGGCCAGACUCUUAUGUGUGA